AUGCUGAGGACGGAGGCAGGCGGAGGGGCGGCCGCCGGGGGGGGGUCCCCCUCCUCCGGCGGGGCGGCGGGCGGCGGGGGGCUGCGGAGCGCGUCCCCGCACCGGAACGCCUACGAGGCCACCAUCCAGGCCCUGGCGCCCACAAAGGAGGCCGACGGCGGCGAGGACGGCAAGAAGAGCCGGGGCAAGAAGUAUGGCUCCAACGUCCACCGGAUCAAGAACAUGUUCCUGCAGAUGGGGACGGCGCCCGGCCCCGAGGGCGCCUGCGACCUGGCCAAGGCCAAGGAGAAGCCGGUGCGCCUCUCCUUGCCCCGCGCCGGCAGCCUCAGCGAGACCGUGGACCAGGGCAGCCUCCUCAAACUGGGCACCAGCGUCUCGGAGCGGGUCAGCCGCUUUGACUCCAAGCCCGACAAGCCCUUCUCCAAGCUGCAGGAGACCCGCAAGAUCUUCGAGAGGAGCCCGCAGGAGAAGGCCACCACCACCAAGCUGCUGCUCCGCAAGGAGCGCGCCGGCUUCCAGGACCGCAAGCUGGACGUGGUGGUGAGGUUCAACGGCAGCACCGAGUCCCUGGACAAGCUGGACGCCGACGCCGUGUCGCCCACGGUCAGCCAGCUCAGCGCCGUCUUCGAGAAGGCCGAUCUCCGGAACAACCUGCACAAGGCGCAGGGCAGGGCGGGAGCGCCGCUCAACGCCAAGGUGGUGGGCAAGCGGCCACGGGUCUUCGCACCGGGCGCCGAGGCCGGGCGCCAGGGCGAUGGGCACCCUGCCCCAACCCGCGCCCGGCCACCCGAGGAGGAGAAGGUGCCGAGCAAAAGCGUGAGGCCGGCGGAGAAGGAACCGGCUGCCCCACGGGUGCAGGAGGUCUGCAAGAUCAAACCGGUGGAGGUGGAGGAGAGUGGAGAGGGCGAGGAUGAGGAGGAGGAGGCGGCGGCAGCAGGCGAAGCGGUGCCACCCGUGCCCCAACUGGCCAAGGGGGACGAGGGUCCGGCGGCCACUGCCCCACGGCUGGAUGGGGGCGCCGGGGUGGCCGCGGGCGAGGAGGGCGUCAAGGGCGAGCGGGCGGAGGAGGGCGAUGGCUACGAGGAGGCCAAGAAGGAGGACUUCUCUGAGGCAGACCUGGUGGACAUAAGUGCCUACAGUGGGCUCGGGGAGGACUCGGGGGGCAGCGGGCUGGAGGAGGAGGAGGAGGCCGAAGGGCUGUACGAACCUGAGUCAGGCUGUGUGGAGAUCCCUGGGCUGUCUGAGGAAGAGGAGCCCGUCCCCAACCGCAAGAUCCAGUUCAGCACAGCGCCCAUCCAGGUGUUCAGCACUUACUCCAAUGAGGACUACGACCGCCGCAAUGAGGACGUCGACCCCAUGGCCGCCUCGGCCGAGUACGAACUGGAGAAGAGGGUGGAGAGACUCGACCUCUUCCCUGUGGAGCUGGAGAAAGACUCCGAAGGGUUGGGGAUCAGCAUCAUCGGGAUGGGAGCAGGGGCCGACAUGGGCCUGGAGAAAUUGGGAAUCUUCGUCAAGACGGUGACGGAAGGAGGGGCGGCCCACCGGGAUGGCAGGAUCCAGGUGAACGACCUGAUUGUGGAGGUGGAUGGCACCAGCCUGGUGGGGGUGACCCAGAGCUUCGCCGCCUCCGUCCUCAGGAACACCAAGGGCCGCGUCCGGUUCCUGAUCGGGCGGGAGAAGCCGGGGGAGCAGAGCGAGGUGGCACAGCUGAUCCAGCAGACGCUGGAGCAGGAGCGGUGGCAGCGGGAGAUGAUCGAGCAGCGCUACACCCAGUACACCGAGGACGACGAGGAGGUGAGGGGACAGCGCCCACCCACCCAGGGUCCCCCCGCCCGACAUGGGGCCGAUGACACCGUUUCCCCGGGUGGGGAUGCCAAUGGUGCCCUGUGCCCUCCCCAGACGGGCGAAUAUGCGACGGACGAGGAGGAGGAGAUGAGCCCCAUGUUCCCUGGUGGGGAGAUGGCCAUCGAGGUGUUCGAGCUGGCUGAGAACGAGGACACGCUGUCCCCCGUGGAGAUGGACCCCGAGAAGCUGGUGCACAAGUUCAAGGAGCUCCAGAUCAAACACGCUGUCACCGAGGCCGAGAUCCAGCAGCUCAAGAGGAAGCUGCAGUGCCUGGAGCAGGAGAAGGCACGCUGGCGGGCUGAGAAGGCCCAGCUGGAGCAGAGCGUGGAGGAGAACAAGGAGCGGAUGGAGAAGCUGGAAGGGUACUGGAUGGAGGCCCAGAAUUUGUGCCAGGCCGUGGACGAGCACCUCAAGGAGACCCAGGCCCAGUACCAGACCCUGGAGCGCAAGUACAGCAAGGCCAAGCGGCUCAUCAAGGAGUACCAGCAGAAGGAGAUCGAGUUCCUGAAGAAGGAGACGGCGCAGCGGCGGGUGCUGGAGGAGUCGGAGCUGGCACACAAAGAGGAGAUGGAGAAGCUGCAGGAGAAGAUCUCCGAACUGGAGGCCAAGCUGCAGACUUUGAAAAAUUCCAACCCGACUUAAACCACCCUCAAACCGCAGCGAUUUUGGGGUGGGGGGGGCCCAUUUCUUCUCCUCAAACCACCCCCCCAGCCCUACCCCCGCCCCUUCCCCACCUCUUCCCCACCGGGGAGGAGAUGAGACCCCCGCCAAGGCCUCCUGGUGCCCCCCACUCCCCCCCUGGGGGCACAGGCAGUGUGUGUGUGGGGGGGCGUCUGACAGAGGGGGGUUUUGGGGGGGACACACCCCGCAUUCGUGUCUGUGUCCAGUGUGAGUCUCGUGGUGACGUGAUGGACCAAUGGGGGGGUCACAGCUCCCCCAGGCCUCCCCCCUCCCCUCGACGUGAUCCCCCCGCCCCCGGACACAGAGCUGGCACCCUGGUUGGACGCUGUGGGGGCGGGGACCGGACAGUGACACCCCCCACCCCCCCAAAUUGUGAGCCAUAUUGGGGGGGGUACGCUGGAAACCCCCCCAAUCCCCAGUUCCUUCUCUUGGGACUCACCUGGAGCACGGGUCGGGGGGGUCGGUUG